GCAAUGGUGACUGGUGAGGGAGGCCGGAGGACUGAGGACUAAAGCCCGGUGGUGCCACCACGUGGGCGAUUGCGAAACGAAACGCGUCGUCUGCACUCAUAAUCAUAUCAUCAGUGUCAGCUAACAGCUUCCUAUACUGACGCGGUGACGUUGAGCUCCUCCUGCUCCGCUGUAAACAAUGAAAACAGAUGAUAGGAUGACGUCCACCAGUGAAAAGCUGGAAACUUGCGAAGUGUGUGCGGCGAAUAAGGCAAAAUACACUUGUCCCAAAUGUGAGGUUAGAACGUGUAGUCUCACGUGUGCAAAUAUACACAAGCAAGAAUUAGAAUGCGACGGGAUACGUGAUAAGACAAAGUUUAUACCGCUGAAUUCGUUUACAGAUUUGGAUUUGUUGAGUGAUUAUCGUCUGUUGGAGAACAUUGGAAGAUCAGUGGAACAGUUACAGAAAGAUCCUGCAAAAAGGUGUACGCGGUUGAUCGAGCAAAAUCUACCUCCGCAUUUCUAUAGGCUAAGAGCUGCAGCUUAUCGCAAGGGUGUGGAAUUACAUUUUAUGCCUCAUAAUUUUAGCCGACAUAUAGAAAAUACCACUCAUUUGGAAUGGAAAACUAAUGAAAUAUUUUGGAGGGUGGAAUUGAUUUUUUCACAAGCAGAAAAUGCAAAAUGGGUCAUAGAGAGGGUUCCUGAAAAUAAGAGACUUUCAAUUUUAUUAGAAGAAAUUUUGAACGGUGAAGGUUCAACAGAAACAAAAAGCAGCGAUGCAUCAAGUCACUUAUCAGUGCUUCAAAAUAAAUUGAAGUUUUAUCGUGCUUGUGGACUAUCAGGAUUGAAAGCUUUUUUAAAAGCUGAAAGAGUAAAAAAAUCUGACUCUAGGUUCUUCGACUUGGAUCUGGAUAUGACACUGCAAGAAAAUUUAAACAACAAGACUAUAAUAGAGUUUCCAAUAAUUUAUGUAGCUUUGAAGGAUCAUUCAGAUAUGUUUGAAAUUAUAGAUAGUGACGAUGAAGAAUUAAAGGAGAAAGCUGAGAGGCACUCAAAUAGAAGAAACAAAUUGAAUCGCAAAAGGAAGCAAAUGGACGAUCAAGAGAAUUCUCCUAAGAUAGACGUAGAUUCGUCUGUUAAUUAUUUCUUCAAUGGGGACAUUUCAGAUUCUGAAGACGAAUUGUCAUGUCCUAGUCUAGAAAGGAAAAGAUAUAAGAACAAUGAAGAGUUAUAUAUACCAGAUUAUAACGAAUUAGUGAAAAUGCAACAAUGACAAAUUCCAAGUGCUGUUCAUAUUUUUGUAUGAAUUUUUAUUGUAAAUACGUUAUUUUUCAUAGCUACAAGAUCGAACUUUUUAUAAAUAUUUUAACAUCAAAAUAAGUUCAUUAUAAUACAUAGUCUAUUGGUUUCCCUCUUAAAGACAUUGCAAUCACUUCCCUUCAAAACAUUGACACAACACAUUCUCUUAUGUAUAAAAUUAAUUUUAAAAUAAGCUAUUAUAGUAGCAUUUAUGAAAUUUAUUUCCAAAACUCCUUUGUAAAACAUAGUUCAAUGGAAUGAAAAUAGUGUCAUCUGGUAGAAAAAGCAAUUCGUAACAUAAAGUUUUUAACAAAUCAUUCUAUAUUAAAAAAAAAUGGUUGAAAAAUUAUAUCUUAAAAACUAGAUUACAAAACUAGCCCUUCACAAAAUAACAAUAUCUUGGCAAGUUCUUGUUUUCUUUUUUUCACUAAAGAAUGAAAAAAUACAAUACAAAUACCGAAAACGCUACUAAUCCGGCUACUGCUUUGAUGUACAUGGAUUUGCUAUUCAAAUAUGCAGCAUCCUU